UGCCCGGCCUUCCUGUCUCCCAGAAGCGGGUCCCCAGAGCUCCCAUCCUCCCACUGCGGUGUUUCCAUUUGAAGUGGUCUGGGAAUCCGCCGAAUCCCAUUACAUACAGAAUAAAUACAAAGCGGAUACAAAGGUCCUUGGAUGAGGAGGUUCCCCAGAGCCUGAGACUAGGAAAGGAGGCGCAAGAAAGGCCCCGAGACUGUCCCAGCUGAGCAUCCCGGGAGCGCCGGGAGCCAUGGGCUCGGACGCGGACCCUUCUUGGCUGGAGAGCCACGGGGCUCGGCCCUUGCAUUUGGCCUUGACGUUCGCCCUCGCGCUGCUGCUGCUGCAGAUAGUCAAGCUCCACCUCCGGCGCCAGGGACUGCUGCGAGCCCUGCGCCCCUUCCCGGGACCCCCGACACACUGGCUCUAUGGAAACCAGAGGGAGUUUAACCCAGAAAAAGAACUACAACAAUUCGAUGUGUUGGUAGAAAAGUACCCCUGUGCUUUCCCUCGCUGGGUUGGAGCUUUUCAGGUGCUUUUAAAUAUCUAUGACCCAGAGUAUGCAAAAAUUCUUCUGAACCGAAGAGAUCCCAAAAUUCAGCUUGGGUACAAGUUUAUUGUCCCUUGGGUUGGAAGAGGAUUGUUAAGCCUAGAGGGAAAGAAGUGGUACCAGCAUCGCCAUCUGCUCACUCCUGCUUUCCACUUCAGCAUUCUGAAGCCUUACAUCCAUGUGAUGAGUGACUCUGUCUGCAGGAUGCUGGAUACAUGGGGGAAGCUCAGCACCCAGGACAGUUCUGCGGAGAUCUGUGAGCCCAUCCGCCUGAUGACCUUGGACAGCAUCAUGAAAUGUGCCUUCAAUGUUCAGACCAGCUCCCAGACAGAAAGCUUCUCUACCAACUACUUCUUGACUGUGACCAAACUCUCAGACCUCAUCUUUCACCGCCUGCACAGCGACCUCCAUCACAAUGACUUGAUUUACAGGUGGAGCUCUAAGGGGCAAGAAUUCCAGGCUCUCUGCCAAAUAGCACAUCAGCACCCAGCCAAACUCAUCCAAGAAAGGAGGGAAUCCCUCAAGAAUGAUGGUGAACAGGACAAAAUCCAAAAGAAGAAAUACCUGGAUUUUUUGGAUAUUCUUCUCUGUGCCAAAAGUGAAAAUGGAGAAGGCUUAUCAGAUGAGGAGCUGGAGGCUGAGUUUAACACAUUUGUGUUCAGUGGCCAUGACACCACAGCCUCGAGCCUAUCCUGGCUCUUCUACUGUAUGGCCAUGAACCCUGAGCACCAACACCAAUGCCGAGAGGAGAUCAGAGGUAUCCUAAAACAUGGGGACACCAUUACCUGGGGCCACCUGGACCAGAUGCCCUAUAGCACCAUGUGUAUCCAGGAGGCCCUCCGCCUCUACCCACCUAACAUCACCAUAGCCAGGGAGCUGAGCAAACCCAUCACCUUCCCAGAUGGACGCUCCUUGCCCACAGGUAUGAUAGUUGUCCUGAACAUCUGGGCUCUCCACCACAACCCUGCUAUCUGGGAAAACCCACAGGUCUUUGACCCUCAGAGGUUCUCCCAAGAGAAUUCUGCGAAGAGACACUCCUAUGCUUUCUUACCAUUCUCAGAUGGACAUAGGAACUGCAUUGGGCAGCAGUUUGCCAUGCUGGAGCUGAAGGUGGGACUGGCCCUGACCCUCCUCCGUUUUGAGCUGGUGCCAGAUCCAGAGAAGCCUCCCAUACCAAUGCCCCACUUAUUUCUGAGGUCUAAGAAUGGGAUUCAUCUAUACCUAAGAUCACUCCAUUAGCUCUGCUGUUCCUAGGAAUGGAUACCAUGACCCAGUCAGAAAGUCCCUUCACUUAACAGCCAAUGAUUCAAGUAAACACAUACAAACAUUACAGAACUCUUUUUUUUCUUUUUUUCUGUUCCUUUGAGAUGGAUUUUGUGAUUUGGGGGCUGGGAAGAGAAUUGUGGGUAGGGAGAGAUUUGUCUUCCUAAUAUUUUUCUGGCUUGAAUCACUAUUGGCAAUUAAUAAACUUGGGUUCUGUAUACACAUUAGGGUAGAACUGGGUCUGAGGAGUUCUGCAGUGCUGAGAAAAAAACACUCAGAGAAUAAGAAUUUGACUGCAUAUAAAUAACAGCAAAUAUAUAACCAAAAGUGACUCGUCAUUUUAUUUGGACCAUGAACAAAGGCAAACACGACUUCUGACAAGGUGUUCAGGGCAGUAUUAA